GCAGUCGCAGGAAUAUGCUGGAAGCCGGCGGGCGGACGCCCGGGCGGUGCUGAAGGGACAGUUCCCGCCGCCAAACUUGCCCCGCGGCGGCAGGGCGGGUGGGGCGGCCCCCGAGCCCGCGGGGGCACGUGAGCGAUGGAGACCAUCUGGAUCUACCAGUUCCGCCUCAUCGUGAUCGGGGACUCCACGGUGGGCAAGUCGUGCCUCCUGCACCGCUUCACGCAGGGCCGCUUCCCCGGGCUGCGCUCCCCCGCCUGCGACCCCACGGUCGGCGUGGACUUCUUCUCCCGCCUGCUGGAGAUCGAGCCGGGCAAGCGGAUCAAGCUGCAGCUGUGGGACACGGCGGGGCAGGAGCGCUUCAGAUCGAUAACACGAUCUUACUACCGCAACUCAGUUGGUGGGUUUUUGGUGUUUGACAUCACUAACCGACGAUCUUUCGAACACGUGAAAGAUUGGCUGGAGGAGGCAAAAAUGCACGUGCAGCCGUUUCGGAUUGUGUUUCUGCUGGUGGGGCACAAGUGUGACUUGGCUUCGCGACGUCAGGUGACGAGGGAAGAAGCCGAAAACCUGUCUGCAAACUGUGGUAUGAAGUAUAUAGAAACCUCCGCCAAAGACGCCACAAAUGUCGAGGAAUCCUUCACCAUCUUGACGAGAGACAUUUAUGAGCUUAUUAAAAGGGGGGAAAUUUGUAUUCAGGAUGGCUGGGAAGGGGUUAAAAGUGGUUUUGUUCCAAAUACUGUGCAUUCUUCCGAGGAGGCAGUGAAGCCCAGAAAAGAGUGCUUCUGCUGACUUCAGACGGGCCAAAGAACGGCGGUGGAGAGACUGGGGUCAUCUCGGGAUAAGCACCAACAUUAACGGCAGAACGGUCACGA